AUGCGCUUGGUCAGAAAGGAGACAACGAUUCCAGUUCCUGAAGUCUACACGUUUGAUCCUUCGAGUUCGAAUCCAAUUGAGGCACCAUAUAUUCUCAUGAGCUUUAUUGAUGGGUAUUCUGUGAGCUCAAAAUGGUUCGACGGAUCUGGGCCCACGCCAGUAGAGGAGAGGCGAUUGAACAUUUUGGAUAGCCUUGCACGAGCCAUGUCCCAGUUGCAGAAACUUCAGUUUGAUAUGAUUGGCUCGCUGGUGUCCGAGGAUGGGACGCCAGACACCGAAAUCAGGAUCGGUCCCUGCUAUAGAUGGGAUGAGGGUGUCUUUGGUGAUAGUGAUUAUGGCCAGAAUCUGAAAGUGGACGAGCUCGGACCUUUUGAAUCCUCCAAUCUUACCUGA